CACGCACGGACUGUAAAACAACAAACAACAAAACGCUCAGUCUCUUCCGGUUCUGUUUUUCUCCUCUUUCUCUGCUCAGUUAACAGAGAAUCCUUCAUAUUUAUCUAAAAAUAGGAAAAAUAAAAGAAAUACGUGAAGAAAAUUUCUUGUUUUUGCUUCAUUGAAACAUUGUGCGGACGCGGCAUUUUCCGGCCUUGGUCGGUUGUGAUUUUGGCGAUGAAUUCUAUUGAUUGAAGAGUAAGCGCCAAAUCUAAGAAUUGGCCAAUUCUCUCUUCUAUCAUCACCAAUUACCAGUAAAUGGGCUGCGUUGGUUCUAAAGUAGCUAGACAGUUUCCUGGCCAUGAGGACCCAAUAGCUCUUGCUUCAGAAACAGCUUUCAGCGUUAGUGAAGUUGAAGCCCUGUUUGAACUAUUUAAGAGUAUUAGCAGUUCUGUUGUUGAUGAUGGAUUAAUAAACAAGGAAGAGUUCCAACUGGCUCUUUUCAAGAACAGAAAGAAAGAGAAUCUUUUUGCUAAUAGAAUAUUUGAUCUCUUUGAUGUGAAGCGAAAAGGAGUCAUCGAUUUUGGGGACUUUGUUAGAGCACUCAGCGUCUUUCAUCCAAAUACCUCACAAGAAGAGAAGAUGGAUUUUUCAUUUAGGCUUUACGACCUGGAUAACACGGGAUUUAUUGAGCGACAAGAGGUAAAACAGAUGUUGAUUGCACUUCUUUGUGAAUCUGAAAUGAAGUUGGCUGAUGAGACAAUUGAGAUAAUUCUUGAUAAGACUUUCAUUGAAGCUGAUGCUAACAACGAUGGGAAGAUAGACAAGUCCGAGUGGCAGAAUUUCGUGAGUAAAAACCCUUCCUUGUUAAAGAUCAUGACACUACCCUACUUGAGAGACAUUACGACAACAUUUCCGAGUUUCGUUUUCAACUCUGAGGUGGAUGAAAUUGCUACCUGAAAAGGAUUGGAAAGUGACUAAGUACAUUACAAAAUAGCUGGUGUGGUAUAAACCAGUGGCUUUUUUUCAUUUUUUUUAAGAUCAAUUACAAAAGAAAAGUGUGAUGGUCUGAGGUGGAAAGAUUCAUUGCCAAGUUAGCUUGAGCUAUAUGUUAACUUUAAAAGCACCAUUGUUCUAUUCCACGUUGUCUGUUCACUUUCAUAUAAAUAUUACUAUUAUUACUAGUUUUGCAAUGGUGGUAUUACUAAAUUUUAAAUUAUA